CCCCGGCCCGGCCCCGCCACGUCCUGCUCGGCCGCCGCUUCCCGCCCCGGAGGUGCACGGCGGUGGCCAGCCAUGGCGUUUACGCUGUACUCGCUGCUGCAGGCCGCGCUUCUGAUCGUCAACGCCAUCGCUGUGCUGCACGAAGAGCGCUUCCUCCGGCACGUUGGUUGGGGAAGUGACCAAGGGAUUGGAGGAUUUGGAGAGGAACCAGGAAUUAAAGCACAGAUAACAAACCUUAUUCGAUCUGUACGAACUGUUAUGAGAGUGCCGUUAAUAGCAGUGAACUCCGUUACAAUCAUUCUUCUCCUGUUGUUUGGUUGAAAGUAUUUGUGAAAAUCAUUUGGACAUCCAAAGAAACAAGUUGCUAACCACCACUGCUCUGAGUUUUUGGGGAUCCAGCUGUCAAUCUGACACUCAAAGUAAUAAAGACACUAUUUCUAUUUACCCUAUUUCCUAAUGUCCACUUGCAGUUUCAUUAAACAAGAUGAUGGGAUCAGUGCAACAAUGCUGCAAAUACAUUGGACUGUGACCAGUUCUGCUGCCACCUGUUAGUAGCACUAAUUGUUAAGAGUGUGAGUUGUCAACAUAUUGCAACAAUUGUUGGCAGGAUGCAGUUUUAAAACGUCUUGUUACUCAGGGAUGAAUUUUCUUCAGUGAGUCUCCCAACUGAUUUUUAAAUUAAAAUAAAUAAUGGUGAUUUUUUAUUUCAGUUACUACCAUGAUACUGUUUAGGAGGAUAUGAAUUAGGCUCUGAAAAUGUGCUAUGAGUUACUGGAGUUAUGAUAUCGAGGAAGAUAGAAUUAGUUGGGUAAGGUCUUGGUUCAGUUUGAUUGAAACCAGGAUUUUUCUCUCUUGGUGUCUUGGCACCUUUUCAAAUCAACUAAAGUUUCAUGCUAGUGGUGGAGUAAUUUGAAAAUAGGUGCAAGUCCUAUGCUAACUAAAAUAAAAAAUAGAAAACCCAAAAAAAGCUGUACCUAAAGCUGAGCAACUCAGUGCUAAUUUAGGCUGGCAGGUGAUAGUAGGGAUUGUUACUGUUCUGUCAAGGAUUAUUACACUUAUAAAGUGUGUGUUAAACUUCUGCUUGAUAAGUGUUUUGGAAAUGGGGAGCCAUUUGUAUUCUGAGCUUCUUUUGAAAAAGUGUGAAGGGAAUGUUGUGCCCUUUCCAAAUGCAGUUCUUUGUCAAAACAGCAAUUUUCAGCCUCUUCUGUUACUGCUGCUUCUUCCUCUGUCCUGCAUCUUCCUUUGUUAAAUCAACAGCUUUGAAGCAGUGGUUACGAUCGUGCAGAUCCUUUGCAGUGAAUAUUGCUAUUGUUUUGGUACAGAUCAUGUCUCAAUUAAGACUGCUGGGUUGGGUCAAAUGUUAUAUAACAAGUCUCAACUGAAGAAUGCUGAUUCUCAUUUAAAGUUAGAGAUCUUACAUGUGUUUCUCUGCUAAAGUGUCACUGCUUAUUUUUAAGGAGGGGGAGGCCAAACGAUACGUGGCAGUUUAAUUAUUUUAUAACAGCUUUGUUCAUUACCUUUUCCUCUGAUGUCUUGAUGACUAAAGCACACUCACUCACUCUUGUAUACAAAAGCAGAUCUGUAAAAUGUGUUGCAGCAUUUCACAGAGUAGAGUAUAUAUCCCGGAAGAGAGUUCUAUAUUGUUUCUGUUUUGAUUUGUUUUGUUUUAGUGAAAACAUGUAAAUAAAUUCUGCAUUUCUAAGUUAAGCAAACUCUUUCCUAACAGUGGGAGCAUCCCAGAACUCAUAUUCAUCCUGUUCCAGAUAACAGAGUUACUGUUCUUCCAUCAAAUACUUUUUUCUCAUCCCUGUGGCACUUGAAACUGAAGCUGUGUCUUGGUUUAUGUAGCAAACCUAAUGAGCCAUGGUAAUGUUGGCCAGAGGCAGAAAAGGAUUGUACUAGCCUUUAAAUUCUAAAGUAGGUAGAUCUGUAAUAAAGUAUUUCUUUGUAACAA